AUGGAUGAAUUUCAACAAGGAGAUCCCUACUAUCAGGCCUUGGUGGCCGACGGUUGGAUAGAAGAAGUAGGAGUGGAAGAAUAUCACAAAACGGACUAUGAGGCAGGAGAAUCCGAUAAGGAGGAAGAUGAGGAAGAAGGUAUUAGAGAAAUCCUUAUUGGACCCCAUAAUUCGGAAGCAAUACUAGCUCAGCAUGUAAUUCAGGAAUACACCACCGACCGACUACGCCUCUUGGAGGAGGAGGUAGCCACUCUUAGGCAGCAACUCUUUGUGGCUGAAGCUAGAGCCGUACAAGUAUAA